AUGAAAUAUCCUUGUAAAAAAUGUGCUAGUCGUUAUUGGAAUAGUGAAAAUGGUAUCCAUGAGCACCUCAUAUGUAAUGGUCUGUGUCCACAGUCCAUUCAGUGGAUUUAUGAAGUGUCAACCCAAAAGAAAAAUGACAUUGACGAUGGGAUGGAUAUUGAAAAUGGUUUAGGUUUAGGAAAUGAGUUUGAGGAGAUGAUAAAACAUGUAUAUGAGAAUAAUAUUGGUACUGAACAUGGAGGCAGAAAGGGUAUGGACGAUGAAGCCAAGAAAUUUUAUCGGCUUGUCGAGGAGGGUGGGCAGCCUUUGUAUCCUGAUUGUACAACAUUUACUCGACUUAGUUUCAUAGUUAGAUUGUACCAAUUGAAGUGUGUUCAUGGAAUGACUGAGUCGGCAGUUAGCGAUUUACUUAAGUUGAUUAAGGAUGUUUUUCCUAAUAACAUACCAUCCACUUUUAAAGGUGCGAAGACUAUGAUUAAAGAUCUAGGCCUUAAUUAUGAAAAGAUACAUGCAUGUAAAAAUGAUUGCAUGCUAUUUUGGGCUGAAAAUGAGAAAUUGGAUGUUUGCAAAAAAUGUGGAGCUUCAAGAUGGAAAGAGGUGGAAGAUAAGAAAAAUGGUGUUGAGAGCAAUAAGGUGGUGAAGGGACAUAAAAUCCCAUUAAAAGUGAUGAGAUAUUUUCCUUUGAAGAAAAGGUUGCAAAGAAUGUUCUUGAGCUCGGAAAUGUCUAAACUAAUGACAUGGCAUGCUUUAGCAAGAAAGAAGGAUGGACGAAUAUUAAGGCAUCCAGCUGAUGGUCAGGGUUGGAAGUCGAUGGAUAACAAGUAUCCAAAUUUUGCGGGAGAUUUUAGAAAUGUUAGGUUGGGUUUAGCCGCUGAUGGAUUUAAUCCAUAUCGUACAAUGAGCAUUUCUCACAGCACCUGGCCCGUUGUUCUAGUUAAUUACAACCUCCCGCCUUGGUUAAUCAUGAAACCAGAAAACCUUAUUCUUUCAACCAUAAUCCCAGGCCCUACCCAACCUGGUAAUGAUAUCGACAUAUAUCUACAACCCUUAAUUGCAGAACUGAAAGAAUUAUGGGUCGAUGGAAUACAAACAUAUGAUACAAGGUCUGACUGUACAUUUAAGCUACAAGCCAGCCUUCUUUGGACCAUAAGUGAUUUUCCCGGAUAUGGAGUUUUAUCGGGUUGGAGCACUAAAGGUCAUCUAGCCUGUCCUUCGUGUCACUAUGAUACCUCAUCAACAUAUUUGAAGCAUAGUAAAAAGGUUGUAUAUUUGAAUCACAGAAAAUUUCUAAGUCUUGAUCACAAGUGGAGGUCUGAUAAAAGGCGGUUUAAUGGUGAAGUGGAAAUGGGAGAAAGGCCUGAACUGUUAACAGGCAUGGGGAUUCAGAACCUGGUGUCUCGUUACGAGAAUUGUUUUGGUAAGGGAAACACGAACCAGAAAGGUUGUUCUUCAGAUUGCCCUUGGAAAAAAUUAUCCAUUUUUUUCGAACUGCCAUAUUGGAGUAGUCAUAUGGUCAAACAUAAUCUUGAUGUGAUGCAUAUAGAGAAGAAUAUAUGCGAUAAAAUUCUGGGGACUUUGUUAAAUAUUGGGGGAAACACAAAAGAUCAUCUUAAUGGCCGUCUCGAUUUGCAAGAAAUGGGAAUUAGAAAGAUUCUUCAUCCUUACAGGUCUGAUUUUAAUGAUACUCUUGAAAUUAGAGCAGCCUGUUUUGAUAUGACCAAACAAGAAAAGGAGAUCUUUUGUUCGGUUUUAAAGAAUGCUAAAUUCCCACAUGGAUCUGCAUCACAUAUCAGUCGUUGUGUUCAGGAGCGUAAAGUUGCUGGUUACAAGAGUCAUGACGCUCAUUAUAUUCUCCAAUAUUUGUUGGAAUUUGCUGUAGUAAAAACACUAAAACCAGAGGUAGCAAUACCUCUGAGGAGGUUGGGUGCAUUUUUUAGGCGUAUAUACGGCAAAGUAAUUGAAUUAGAUGAUGUUCACAAAUUGCAAGAAGAAAUAAUCGAGAUACUUUGUCAACUUGAAAUGAUUUUUCCACCGUCAUUUUUUGAUAUAAUGGUUCACUUGCCAAUUCACUUGUGUACAGAAAUUGAAUUUGGUGGUGUUAGUAAAGGUGCCCUAGAGGCAAUACAUUAUUCUUUUAAACCUUUAUGUCAGUUGUUCAUUCAAUAA